CAAUUUUUACACGAAUAAUAGGACAAAUAACUUUCCUCGUUUUCUCUGCAAUCUCCAGUAAGACAUUGACUCAGCUUUCUCUUGCUAAAAUCUAAAAGAUACCUCUGCAAUAGCCUUUUCAACAACAAUCAGCAGUAAGUAUAACCUCUGUUCUCUAAGUUACCAAAAACAACUAAGCGUCAUGUUCAAAACAGUCACCGCUGUCUUCCUUGCCAUUGCAACAUCUUUCUCCUUGCUCUUCACUUGUCCAAAAUCCUACUAUCACUCCCUCUACAUAUCUGAAUCCCUAUCUGACAAUGCCUCAAUAUCGCAUAAUCUCUACAUGCUCACCCGUCGGCCACAUGUUGCCGGCACACCAGCCAACGCAGAGGAUGCAGCCUAUGUUCUAUCUACACUCAAUUCCUACAAUAUAGAAUCACACAUCGCCUCCUAUGAUGUGUCCCUAACUUAUCCUGUUUCGCGUUCUUUAGCUCUAACAACCCUACCUACAGAAAAGCCGAUCAUUUUCGAUCCCCAUCAAGAGAUAUAUGAUGGAGAUCCAUAUGCAGAUGUAGCAGAUGAAGUUCUACCAACUUUUCAUGCAUAUGCAAAGUCAGGUACGGUAAGUGGACCUGCGACCUAUGUGAACUAUGGACGAGUAGAAGAUUAUACAACACUGAAAGAAAUGGGGUUGAAUGUCUCCGGCACUAUUGUAUUAGCAAGGUAUGGAAAAAUUUAUAGAGGAGAUAUUGUGCAUAAUGCAUUUGAGGCCGGUGCUAUAGGGGCAGUCAUCUAUACAGACAGGAAAGACUAUGGCGGUGGAGACAGUGGAGAAGGAUGGUUUCCAUACGCGAAGUGGAUGCCACCAAGUGGAGUUCAGGUAGGAUCUGUUUAUGAUGGUGCUGGUGAUCCUACCACGCCUGGAUGGGCAAGUAUCCAGGGUUGCGAGAGGUUAUCAGAUAAUGAAGUAGAAAAGGGAGGAUAUGUUCCAUUGAUACCUUCAUUGCCAAUAUCAGCAACUGAUGGUGAAACAAUUAUGAGAUCAAUCAGUGGACAAAUAGCAAAUGAGGACUGGCAAGGAAGCGAAGAUGGUCCAGUUUACAGGGUUGGACCAGGGCCAGGGGUUUUAAACCUCAGUUAUACUGGAAAGCAGACGGUAGCAACAAUUCAAAAUGUUAUUGGUGUGAUUGAAGGAGCAGAAGAACCUGAUCGAUUUGUCCUUCUGGGUAAUCAUCGGGAUGCAUGGACAUUUGGAGCAGUUGAUCCCAACAGUGGCACAGCAGCAAUGCUAGAGGUCGCUCAGAGAUUGGCAAAGCUACAGAAAAGAGGAUGGAAACCACGAAGAACAAUUGUCUUGUGCAACUGGGAUGCUGAGGAAUAUGGCCUGAUAGGAUCAACUGAGUGGGUUGAAGAUAACAGAGAAAUGCUAGCUUCAGGGUCUGUAGCGUACUUAAAUGUUGACUCUGCAGUACAUGGAGCAGGAUUUUAUGCCUCUGCAACUCCUCAACUUGAUGAACUGCUCAUACAGGCUACUCAGCAGGUUAAAGACCCAGAAAACACAUCACAGACCAUCUACGAAUCAUGGAUUGUUUCCAGCAGCUCUCCUGAGAUUGGGAGAUUAGGCCGUGCAGGAUCAGAUUAUGCAGCCUUUGUGCAACAUAUUGGUGUUGCAUCAGCUGAUGUGUCUUAUGGAGAAGGUUACCCAGUAUACCAUUCAAUGUAUGAUGACUUCAUCUGGAUGAAGAAGUUUGGUGAUCCAAUGUUUCAAAGACAUGUUGCAGUGGCUAGCGUUUGGGGUUUGGUUGCUCUUUGGUUAGCAGAUGAGGAGUUUUUACCUUUUAAUUAUCUAUCCUAUGCAUAUGAGCUCCAGAGAAGCGCAAAGGAGUUGGAAGAUGUGAUCUCAAACAAGGGCAUAAGCCUUGAUCCAUUGUUCAAGUCCAUUGACGAGCUAACCAAAGCAGCCACCAAGAUACAUAAGAAGAGAAAGGCAAUAGAAGAAAGCAGAGGCUGGACAUCAAUAUUGAAGAAAGACCACCUAAAAGUAAGAGAGAUCAAUGACAGGCUGAUGAUGGCAGAAAGAGCAUUUACAGACCAAGAUGGACUCUCCGGUAGGCCAUGGUAUAAGCAUUUGCAUACACAAAAAGACGAGUUUUGUGACAAAGCCCAUUGUGAAAACAUCAAAGCAUAUAUGCAAAAGAGAAAGCACAGCUCCAACUAUCCAAGAAGGAUCAAGCUAAUAUUUCUAUAUCCUGCAGAUAUAUGCACCUGCAAAGCAUAAUGUCUACGGAUCAAACUCCUUCCCAGGUAUUGAUGAUGCCAUUGAAAAAGCAAAGAGGCUUAAGACUGCAGAGUCAUGGCAAAGUGUACAACAUGAAGUUUGGAGAGUCUCCAGAGCUGUCAGACAAGUGUCGCUAGUCCUCAGCG